AACAAGUGAAGGAAAAAGAAAAUUCCCAAGAAAAAAGUCAUACAGACUCGACCACCGCAUCUACUGUGUGGUUUCUUGUUGAAUAGUGACCAAGCACAUCUGGUUUGAUUCGCUUUUACAGUUUUUCUUUUGUUCUAACGAACGAGACAUUACUGUUACCCGUGAUUCACGCGUAGACAUGGACGUUCUUGUGUAACAGUAAGAAUCAUCCGUGAGAAGACGACGAAGAUCUGAGACAGACAGAAAAAACAGUUCCCGUCUGUGUUUCAGUCAGUGGGAAGCAUCAUGUCUGUGCGAGUUUCAUCUAUGAGUGUUUUUCCACCUGUUCGAAGAGACCGCAUCAUCGGUCAGCUUCCUCAGUGUUUCAGGAAAGAUGCCGCUCUCCACACAAAAGAAGAAUUCAACAACAAGGUGAAGACGGCCUGCCAGGAGCAGCGCACUGGAACAGUGGGAUUAAAAAUCUCCAAAGUCAUUGUUGUGGGCGACCUGGCUGUUGGAAAAACCUGCCUGAUAAACAGAUUUUGCAAAGAUGCGUUCGAUAAGAACUACAAGGCAACAAUCGGCGUGGACUUUGAGAUGGAGCGGUUCGAGGUGUUGGGGGUUCCUUUUAGCCUGCAGCUAUGGGACACUGCUGGCCAGGAGAGGUUCAAGUGUAUUGCCUCCACGUAUUACAGAGGAGCUCAGAUUGUGAUCAUUGCCUUUGAUUUGACCAACGUUGCUUCUUUGGGUCAUGUGAGGCAGUGGCUGGAAGACGCCUUAAAAGAGAACGACCCCACUGCGGUCCAGCUGUUUCUCGUCGGAACCAAGAAAGACCUGAGUUCUCCUGCCCAGUAUUCCCAGAUUGAACGAGAUGCCCUGAGACUGGCUCAGGAGAUCAGUGCUGAGUUCUGGGCUAUGUCGUCACUGACAGGUGAAAACGUGAAAGAAUUUUUCUUCAGAGUUGCUGCACUGGCGUUCGAGGCCAAUGUCCUCGCAGAGCUGGAGAAAAGUGGAUCUAGACAGAUCGGAGAAGUUGUUAGAAUAAACAGCACGUCCAAUAGUCUGUAUGCUACGUCCAAGAAGAAAGAGCUGAACUGCUGUCGGUGAAGCCACAAAUACAGAGAAGAACUGUACAGUGUGGACUGAAAGCAAGGCUUUACUGUUCUCAGGCUGAGUGGAGACAUUUCUGUGGUCAAAGCAGAAUGAGGAGGAGGAGCAGGAGAAGGAGAAGGAAGGCUGGAGGUUUAUUUCCUGAUAUGCAUGACUAUAGUUUUUCCUGCCGUUGCUUUGAGCUGGACCUCAGAAGGAAAGACAUUUUAAUGGACCUUAAAGUUGACCUUAAAUUCGAUCAUAUAGUGAGUGACACCAAAGGACAGAUUUUCAAUAUGAAAUUAUUGGCCACUUUAUUAGAAACAUGUUCAACUGUUUGUUUAUGUUUAAAUUUUACAUACAAACAGUAUGUAAGUAUAUUAGUCGUAUUUAGCGGACAUCAUAACAGGGUCACAUGUUCCUCUGACAUGCGGCACAUCCACCUUGACUAGUACGAGUCUGACAAAGAACUGCUGGCUGUGGAAUCAUAGCAGUUUUAUUUGUUAAUCUUCCACUAAUUUGUAAGAGAAGAAUGUACGCAGUAUUUCUUAAAUUGCUCUAUGUUUAUAAUGAGUUGCUUACUCAACGUUGAGCCUGUAUUAUUUUUAGCAGUAAUUACUUAAUUGGUGUUUGAUUUACUUAUUGUUUAGUGUAGUUUUUAAAGGGAAAAACAAAACAACAGUGUUUAGCGCUCAUGCUCUAUUAAAAAGAAAUACUGACGCAAGUUAAGUCCAAAAAUGCAAUUUUUACCUUUCUUAAUCAUUUUUUGUGUGUUUGUUUAUAUUUUUGACUAUUUUGUGAAUGCAUUGUAGUUUUUGUAAUUAGCAGUAAUUUGCUUGAAAUGAGGAAACAAGUUAUGUGUGUGUCUGCACAGACAAUAAGAGGUCUAUGGAAUAAUAAAGUGUCUGAUGGA